UUGUCAUUUUGUUUUUGUGUUCAAAGCAUUCUUUUCAGAAAAAACAAAUCAAACGUAAAAAAGGUUUUAACUGUGAAAAUGGCAACGGAUGGGACGGAUACAACAGCUUUUCCAGAAGGCGACGCAGAAGCUGAAUUAAAUCCUAGCCAAAACACGAGUUUCGAAGUAGAUCCUGUUUCUUCCGAGAUCGCUUCUGAUAAGGUACAACAAAACUUGGAAAGGAAGGAAGCCGCAAAGGCAAGGAGAGACGCCGCACAAACGCUGAAAAAGACGAUCAUAAUAUCAGCGGUGAUCGUGGCCGUAGCCGGAGCCGCCUUCGCUAUCACCAAAAAAUUGAAAGAGAAAUGAUUUUUAUACACAAGUUGAUUCUCAAUUUUCCUCUUUAAUUAUGUAACAUUUA